AUGACCGUCUGGCAGCAGAUCAAGCGAGUGGAAUUGGCUGAUAAUGCCAUUCUGAUUUCGUUCAGGACUAUCUUCCCCGCUCCGGCUCUUCUCAAGCGCCACGCUCCUCUGUACUCUCUGGAUCUUCUUCAUCCAGAAUAUGCUGCUCUACUGGGUGCGAUAACUCCUCCCGUACAAUUCCAAGCCAUCCCAAUUCUCAGCGCGACCCAAUCCGGGUCCCGUUUCCUCACGAUUACCGCAGCCAUUGCUCGCUUCGCCAUAAUAAGCGGUAUCCUGAUUGCCUUGAAUGGCAAAUACCGCCCCUUCAUUUCCUCGGCUACAUCUACGUCACUGCCGACAUGGGCCUGUUCUCCCUCAACGAUUAUCCACCCGUGCGGGACUAAGGCGGACCCCAAGCCCCCCUCCCAGAGAUAUCGCAACCGCUACGGCCACAUGAGCGUUUAUGGACAGCUUGGACUGGAUUUUGGCAGUUGCUAUCCGGACGUUAAUGUUCAAUGCGCGGGUCUAGCUUCUGUUGGCACAUGUGAGUAA